UCAUUUCGAAACCAAUUGGCCCCAAAACAGUACAACCUAAAAUGUGGCGGUAAACACCCGUUUUCAUAUUCUUCGCCAACAAUAUGUUACUAGGGUUUCGAAAUUUCAUCAAUUUUAGUUUCAGUUGUGCAGGAUUCCAGAAGCAUCUCAACACUAGUCGAGGUCUGUUUGCGGGUCAAGUUCGAGCAAUGGGUUCCGGUAAAAAGGAGAAAAUCGCAAAAUUAUCAGUUGCUGCUACUCCAAGUUCUCCGAAAAUGUUCCCAAAUGAAAAUGUUGUUGUGGGAAGCAAAUUAGAUGAAAUUCUAAGCAUUCAAAAUGAUCCAGGGAAGCUGGAUAGUAUGACAGUUCAACAACUGAGAACUGCAUUAAGAAAGGUUGGAGCAUCCAGCAAAGGUCGCAAGCAGGAGCUAGUUUCGGCUUUAAAAACUAUUUUGGAAGGCGAAAUUGAUGGUGAAAAGCCCCCGGUAAAUGAGAAAGAGUCUUCGGAUGAGCCAUUAUCGGAUCCAAUUAGCUUACCUAAAUGUAAACGGAGUGAAACAAAAGAAAAGGAAGUUGUUGAUGAGACUUUGGAGGUUGAUAUCGACAUCAAGACAGUGAAGCAGAGUAAAUCAGUAGAAUCUAGUGAUAUAUGUGGGAAAAAGCGUACUAUAAAAAGAAAAGUAGCUGCAGAAACUGCUAGCAUUCACGUGGAAGUAUCUCAAGAGGUUAAUGAAUCUGCUUAUGAGAAGGAGCCAUGGACGAGAUUUGCCCACAAAAAGCCACAGAAAGGCUGGGUUGCAUAUAAUCCGAAAACCAUGAGGCCUCCUCUUACACGUGACACAAACGUUGUGAAGCUGAUGUCAUGGAAUGUUAAUGGUUUGAGGGCAUUACUUAAGUUGGAGGGAUUCUCUGCACUUGAGCUUGCACAACGGGAGGAUUUUGAUGUGUUGUGCUUGCAGGAGACAAAAUUACAGGAGAAAGAUGUUGAACCAGUCAGAGAUCUUUUGAAAGGCUAUGAUAACAGUUUCUGGACGUGCAGCAUAGCCAAGCCUGGAUACUCUGGUACAUCAAUUGUUUCACGGAUAAAACCUUUGUCCGUGCGCUAUGGCCUUGGAAUAGCAAACCAUGAUGCUGAGGGACGUGUGGUGACAGCAGAGUUUGAUUCAUUUUAUCUAUUAUGCGUAUAUGUUCCCAAUUCUGGAGAUGGUCUCAGGAGAUUGUCGUACAGGAUUACAGAAUGGGACCCAGCGCUCAGCCAGUACAUGAAAGAACUAGAAAAGUCGAAGCCUGUAAUUUUGACUGGUGAUCUGAACUGUGCACAUCAAGAGAUUGACAUUUAUAACCCUGCUGGAAACAAGAGGAGUGCUGGAUUUACAAUUGAAGAAAGGGAAUCAUUUGAGAAGAACUUUCUGUCCGAGGGAUUUGUGGACACUUUUAGAAAGCAGCAUCCGGAUGUUGUGGGCUAUACUUACUGGGGCUACAGGCAUGGUGGGCGUAAAACAAACAGAGGAUGGCGACUUGACUACUUUCUAGUCUCAGGAUCAAUAGCCGACAGAGUUCAUGACUCCUUUAUCCUCCCAGAUGUUAGUGGCAGUGACCACUGUCCCAUCGGCCUUGUAAUCAAGUGUUAGGCACCCAAAUAUAACUCGUCAGUGAAGAAGGAAACUAUUUCUUGAUGCUACAUUUUUGACUUUAGUGCUGCAUGGAAGACCAAGCAAUGGUUUCAUCAGUUCUGACGCUUAGCAUCGUCCAUGAUAUUGGGAUGUCGUGAAGUCGGCUGGACUCUGGAAAGGUUCAUCCUAAAGUUCGCACGGGCUUAAUUCGGUUUCGCAAUAUUAUGAACCUUUUUUCAUCUUGUAACUCUGUACGGUUGUCCUAGCACUCUAUCUAUAUAUCCUACUAGGCUCCUACUGAAGUCCUGUGAAUCUGUGAUAUAUUUCUAAUGUAAAUUAAUUAAAUUAUUUACAUUGCUACA